GAUAUCAACAAUGCCUGGGGUUGCCUGGAACAGGCAGAGAAGGGCUACGAGGAGUGGCUGCUGAAUGAAAUCCGGAGGCUCGAGAGGUUGGACCACCUGGCAGAGAAGUUCCGGCAGAAAGCCUCCAUCCACGAAGCCUGGACAGAUGGCAAAGAAGCCAUGCUGCGGCAGAAGGAUUACGAGACAGCCACUUUGUCCGAGAUCAAGGCCCUCCUCAAGAAGCACGAAGCCUUCGAGAGUGACCUGGCUGCCCACCAGGACCGAGUGGAGCAGAUCGCUGCCAUCGCCCAGGAGCUCAACGAGCUGGACUAUUACGACUCACCAAGCGUCAAUGCUCGUUGCCAAAAGAUCUGUGACCAGUGGGACAAUCUAGGGGCCCUCACUCAGAAGCGGAGGGAAGCUUUAGAGCGAACAGAGAAACUGCUGGAGACCAUCGAUCAGCUGUACCUGGAGUAUGCCAAGAGGGCUGCGCCCUUCAACAACUGGAUGGAGGGAGCCAUGGAGGACCUGCAGGACACCUUCAUCGUGCAUACCAUCGAGGAGAUCCAGGGACUGACCACAGCCCAUGAGCAGUUCAAGGCCACCCUCCCGGAUGCAGACAAGGAGCGCCUGGCUAUCCUGGGCAUCCACAAUGAAGUGUCCAAGAUUGUUCAGACCUACCAUGUCAACAUGGCGGGCACCAACCCCUAUACAACCAUCACGCCUCAGGAGAUCAAUGGCAAAUGGGACCAUGUACGGCAGCUGGUGCCCCGGAGGGACCAGGCUCUAACAGAGGAGCAUGCCCGCCAGCAGCACAAUGAGAGGUUACGCAAGCAGUUUGGGGCACAAGCCAAUGUCAUUGGGCCCUGGAUCCAGACCAAGAUGGAGGAGAUUGGGAGGAUCUCCAUUGAGAUGCACGGCACCCUGGAGGACCAACUGAGCCACCUGCGGCAGUAUGAAAAGAGCAUCGUCAACUAUAAGCCGAAGAUUGACCAGCUGGAGUGUGACCACCAGCUCAUCCAGGAGGCGCUCAUCUUUGACAAUAAGCACACGAACUACACCAUGGAGCACAUCCGUGUGGGCUGGGAGCAGCUGCUCACCACCAUUGCCAGGACCAUCAAUGAAGUGGAGAACCAGAUCUUGACCCGGGAUGCCAAAGGCAUCAGCCAGGAGCAGAUGAACGAGUUCCGGGCCUCCUUCAACCACUUUGACCGGGAUCACUCCGGCACGCUGGGUCCCGAAGAGUUCAAAGCCUGCCUCAUCAGCUUGGGUUAUGAUAUUGGCAACGACCCCCAGAAGAAGACGGGCAUGAUGGACACAGAUGAUUUCCGCGCCUGCCUUAUCUCCAUGGGUUACAACAUGGGAGAGGCAGAAUUCGCCCGCAUCAUGAGCAUCGUAGACCCCAACCGCCUAGGGGUAGUGACGUUCCAGGCCUUCAUCGACUUCAUGUCCCGAGAGACAGCCGACACGGAUACGGCAGAUCAGGUCAUGGCAUCCUUCAAGAUCCUCGCUGGAGAUAAGAAUUACAUCACGGUGGAUGAGCUGCGGCGGGAGCUGCCCCCUGACCAGGCCGAGUACUGCAUCGCGAGAAUGGCCCCCUACAUGGGCCCCGACUCCGUGCCCGGUGCUCUAGACUACAUGUCCUUCUCCACGGCGCUGUACGGCGAGAGUGACCUCUAACCCGUCCCUGCCUCCCCCACCCUGGCCCUUGCGCGUGCGCUCUGCCCUGCUCCUCCUCCUCCGCCCAGUCCUCCGCCUGUCCGGGUUUGGUUUCAGCUCAGCCACCAAGGGGACUAGCUGCGACCCAGGCGGCACCGACCCUCUCUGCCCGCAAAGUGACAGUUUACAAAAUUAUUUUCUGCAAAAAAGGAAAAAAAAAAAAGUUACGUUUAAAAAAAGUUUAAAAAAAAAAACAACCAAAAAACUACAUAUUUUAUUAUAGAAAAAAGUAUUUUUUUCUCCACCAGUCUUAAAUGGAAAAGAGGAAAAAUUAACUAUUUGCACCGAAAUGUUUUUGUUGUGACAUAGGAAAAUAACCAAGCACAAAGUUUUAUUCCAUUCUUUUUACUGAUUUUUUUCCCUUCUACCUGUUCCGUCUGCUGUAUUCAUUUCUCCAAUCUCAUGUCCACUUGGGGGUGGGGUAGGUGGGUAACUCUUGUCAAAGGCACAUUGGUGCAUGUGUGUUUGCUAGCUCACUCGUCCAUGAGAAUAUUUUAUGAUAUUAAAGAAAAUCUUUUGAAAUGGC